AUAAAUGUCACUGCAAAAUCAUUGUGAAAAAAGAACUUCAUCUAGGAGGAAAAAUCUUAUUGAAUUGCUAAGGAAAAAUCUAUUUAAAUUAAAUAAUUUUAUGGAAAAUAUGUUUGAAAAGUAAACAGAAAAGCCCAUAAAACUAAAAGCAGAGAGCAAGAAGAAAAAAAUCAAGGAAGAAAGAAUAAAAACGAAAAAAAGAAAACCUUUUUUUUUGUAAGAAAAUAUUUUAAAUAUUUGCUAUUUUUUUAAGUAAACAAAAACAUAAAAUUAUAAUAUAUAAAAUUUAAACAAGUGCAAUGGAACAAAUAAAAGGCUCUUUGGGGAGCCAAAUGCAAACACAGCAGCAGCAGCAACAACAACAACAAAAUCAAUCAAAGAAAAAAUCUAAAAAUAAAAAGAAAAGCUCCAAAAAUGAGUCAAAUACAGCAGCGGUGGUGACAACAAGGUCUAACGAGGAACAAGAACAGCAGCCAAUUGAGGGGGUGUUGGUGGAAAAUGGUCUAACAGAUCAACUGAAGCAACAGCUGCAUAUAGGCAACGACAACAACACUAAUAAUAGUUGUAGCAGUAGUAGUAGCAACAGCAACAAGGUCAAUGGCCUUAUGACAGAAAAUUUGAAAAAAUCUAAAGCCUGCCCUCCCACUACUACAACAAAUGAUAAACUGCAACAACCUGCUUUAAAUGGCCAUCAUGUGGAGGAGUCUUUGUCAACGACUAAUGGUGAUAACUCUUGUCCACCACAACAGGCAGUGAAUAAGAAAUCAAAACGAAAACCUAAUAAUAAAAAAUUAAACACGUCUCUAGAAGAUAAAGAAACACAACUGGAGAACGGACACUGCCCUGAAAUGGUAACAAAUGGUUUUAGCCACCAGGAGCCACAACAAAUUUUAGCAAACGAAACAAAACUUAACACUGCCAUGACCGCCGUCGCCGCCAACAACAGCAAUGCUACUAAAAGCACACCUAGCAACAAUACUAAUGAAAAAACGAAAGCAGAAAGUUUAGAACCGCAGUCUAAGAAAGAGAAACCGGAAGAUGGAAAAGCAUUAGAAGCAAACGCUGUAGAGCCGAUAGCUUUAAGUAAAAGUCCUGAAUUGGAUUUGACAAAUGUUCAUAUUGAGUACAAGGAAUAUGAGUCUGAAUUACAAAUGCAUGAUAUAAUGCGUCUGAUACAAGCCGAACUAUCCGAGCCUUACUCAAUCUAUACUUAUCGCUAUUUCAUAUAUAAUUGGCCCAAAUUAUGUUUUUUGGCUGCCCAUGGCAAUGAGUAUGUGGGUGCUAUUGUGUGCAAGCUGGAUAUGUACAUGAAUGUGAGGCGUGGCUAUAUAGCCAUGUUGGCCGUGCGCAAAGAAUAUAGGAAACUUAAAAUUGGCACAACAUUAGUGCAAAAAGCCAUAGAGGCCAUGUUAGCCGACAAAGCCGAUGAAGUUGUUUUGGAAACGGAAAUGAGCAAUUUGCCUGCUUUGCGUUUGUAUGAAAAUUUAGGUUUUGUACGAGAUAAACGUCUUUUCCGUUACUAUUUAAAUGGUGUCGAUGCUUUGCGUUUAAAACUAUGGUUUAGAUGAGAUACUUAGUAACACCUCCCAACAAUAAUAACAACAAAAUCAAACAAAACUUGUAAAUCAUAAAAUAUUUUUCUUUAAAAUUAAGUACUUUUUUUUUUUUUGCUAGAGGAAACAAACACCCCAUUAACUAUUUAAAACAAAACAUUAAUAAAUUCAGCAUACAUGUAACAAAAACUAUACAUUUUUAUUUAAAUAUUAAACAAAAAACAUUGGAAAAAAGAGUAAAAAUUAAGGUUUUGGCAGUUGGUAAUGUUUAAAAAAAUAUUUUUGAAGAUCUUAUUUCUAAGAAUAAGAUUUUAAUUAAUAUUUAGUUAAAGCCAAAGCUGAAAUAUCUUAUGUUUUUAGCACAAACUGAGUUAAAUAUUUUAACUUAUUUUUUUAUAUAUUUAAUUAAAAUUAAAAGAAAAACCUUGUGUGUAAAAAUCAAAAUGUAAUUAUUUAUAUGGAAAUACAUUUGGCAAAUAAGAACAACAACAAUUGUGUGUUUAGUUAAGAGAUGUGAUUUAGUGAAAAGAAGCAAUUAAUAUUUUGGUCUUAAUAACAAAUCGUGUGGCAUAAGAAAAAACUUUAUAUUAAAACGUGAAAAUAAAUACUUUAUGUGAAAAAAAAGAAAAAAUUUGUAUAAAUGUGAAACUGUUAGUAGUUUGUAAAUUCUUUAUAAUUUCUUUUAGCAUUAAUUAUAAUAAUUAGCUGCUUAUAAGUAUAUUAAAUAUAAACCCUAAAGCUUUUUAACUAAUUUCGCUUAAAAACACACACAAAAUUGAACAAAUUCUUUAGUAAUAUAUGACAAAGUGUCUUAAACUAACCAACAAUUUUGUGUUAAUUAUUAAGAUUUUAACUAAUUUUUAUAAAUUUUUAAAAAUUUAUAAAAAAUGCUAAAAAAUUUGUUUGAAAUUUCUUUAAAAUCUUAAGACUGAGUUAAAAAUAAAUAAUUGAAAUUCUUAUUAAGAUUUAACAAAAUAAAUCUAAAAUUCUAUAACUUUCUUUAAACAAAGUGUUUUAAAAUUUUCUACUAAUUUCUCCUUAAAAUUUAAGUUGUAAAUUUGCAAAAAUAUUUAAUAGCCCCUUAAACCUAUUUUGCCUAAAAUAACUAACACAAGUAGACCAUAAUAAGCAUAUAAAGUAAUAACUGUGUAAUACAUAUUAAUCAUCAUAUUAUAGUUAUUGUAAGUUACUAAUAAAAAACAUUGUUAACAAAAAAAAAAAAAA